AUGGCAGCCAUGUCCCGCCUCCUGGGUGCCGUCACUGUGAUGGCCUUCACUGUCAUCUCCAGCACUGCCAUUCCCUUCACCGGCAAGCCUUUCGACCCCAACUGCGGCGUCAUCUGCAGCAACCUCGAGCGGCCCUACGAUGGAGCAGUCUGCUAUGAGACCAAGCGCGAGGACGGAACCUGCCAGCCUGUCUGGGUCAACACCGCCAUGCUCUCUACCCGCGGCGACGGCUUGAAGGAUGUCAACCACCCGGUUCCUAGCGGCCACCACCACAACCCCGCUCCCUUCGCCGGCAACCUCCCUAUCAUCAACGACCGCGAGGACGCCGGCACUUCUGAGAACUCCCUCGCCAAGCGCCUCCAGUUCGAUCUCGCACCGAAGCCUCAGCGCGUCUGCGAGUACGCGAACGAUACGGUCGUGGGCAACUCUGACAUCUGGGCCACCCUUGCCCAGGGCUUCAACGAGUGCGGCACCAAUGACAAGAUGGAGGUUCAGGGCAUGCUCGACUGCGAUGACUGGAACCUUUUCUUCUGGAUCGGCAGCAAGGACAAGUUCGAGUGCUGCAAGGGCGAGCGGCCCCCCCAACGCGUGAGGAAAAGAACAAAUAGCAACCUGGGAUAUGAAGCGUUGGACAGUGUCUUGGGCACUUGCACCUUGGAAGCUGAGAAGGGAACCUGGCUUCUGGCAUUUGUCAAGCAUCACCGCCAUACGGAGGAGUUACAGAAAUGA